UGCAAAACAAACCAGCAAUGGUUUCUGAAGAACUACUGGAUCACAUUAUACGGAGCAUAAGUGAGGAAAGAGAUCUUCAUCGCUUUCUUCUUGAACUCAUCCCGGACCGAAAUGUAACUUUGUCUAGAUCGGCAGGAAAGAGAGGAAACAUUGCGACUAAAGCCAAGAAGGAUUUGGAAAGAUGGCGUGGCGGAAUGAAGACAGCAAACCCAAACUAUCUGUUGAGUCUCGCCCUAGAAAGAGCUACAUGCAAACCACUUGACAGGACUUUCUUCCAGGUUCCUGAAGAACUCCUGAAGGCGAUAUCCCCACAAGAGGUAGAUCAGUUCGUCUACAAACUGACAGGAAGACACUGCACGAGGCUUGCUACAGCUGAAUGCAUCGCCGACAAGAAUGGGAUUAAAGCUGUAAUCGAUGAUAACAACAAAGAUCUUUUUGACACUCGUCGAAUGAUCAUUGACUGGGUAGAUGGACAUGAAUGCAGCAACUACGAGAAGAGAUGCAGGCUUGAUGAUGCUAUCAUCAAAAUUGGUCGCCAUGACAUGACAGAUGUUUUCAAGACAACGUACUAUCGGGUUAAAACAGGAAAUGAAGUAGUAGGACCACAUGCUGAUGCCGAGUCUUUCAAUAGCCGCAGUGUAUUCGAUGACGAUCUGGCGGUCUUCCUGAAAUAUCUCCCAUCAGAUGCAAUGCAUUUGUUUCUUGAGAAGCUUGGCAUCCCGGUUGACGAGGAAAGUGAUGAUCUUGAAGAGAGGCUGCGAGGUUGGAGGGACAAACAGAUGAGUGAUACUAAAGCAUGUGACCUGCAGGAUCUUGUCUCGAUUUACCAAGAAGUGCUGAAUGACAGUAAUUGCAGUGAUGUAAUCAAAGUUACAGAUGAAGAACUGAAGAACUUGGUUGAAAACAUCCCUAGUGAACUUGUGCAAGAUCUCACUUCAAGGCUUGGCAUAGAUAUAACAAACGAACGGAAUAAAUCGCUUCUACAACACCUGAAAGGUUGGAGAGAUAAUCAUGAAAUAGGGACAUGCCGUGAGGCUCUGAGAAAGGCACUCCAAGAAUUGGGAUUAUCAGGAUGCAUUGUCGACCUGCUGCCUCCUCAUCAUGUAUACCAGGCUGAGGUGGUUCGUUUGGCAUACAACAUUCUAUACAAAGAUGUUGAACUAUUGGCCACACUUCUCGGUAUGGACACGAGCAGACGGAAGGAAGUUCAGAAAGCAGAUAAGGGAACUGUUGGUCUUUUGAUAGAUCUAUUGAAUCAAUAUAAGGAUGAUGACGUGUAUCGGCGUCAUGAUUUCUGUGUUUCACUGGGGAAUCUUGGAUAUCUGGAUGCUGCUCAAUUAGCCUUCUUCGGUUACGAAGUAAGCCUCAGCGAACUUAGCAACAUCACCUCACCAUUGCAGAAGGAGGAAAUGGAAAGAUUGUUGGACCAUCUUCAGGCCGACAAAGCUGGCAGAUCAGUUGUGCGAGGAACAAAGGAACCAUACGACAAUUUGAAGCUGAUAAUGGUGUGGAAAAAUCAGUUUAGGACAGAGCCCUUUCACUACAGACUCAAGUUAGCUGUUGGUCUUAAAGCUAUUCAGCAACCUAAGAUUGCCUAUGAUGUUCUGGCAGGUAAAUAUCGGACAUUGAAUGUCAAUUCCGAUGUUGUAGAAAGUAUUUGCAACAGUCUUGAUGUUGAUCCGCUGAAAAAACUCUGUGGGGAAAUUGGACAGUAUAAACUGAUGCAGAAGAGUCGCAGCAAAACAGCAAAAGGUGUAGGGGUAUGGGUAACCAACUGGCUUGAACAAUUCGACAAAACCCCUGCGAGGACAACAGUACUCAACAUGACCAUCGACAAGUUCACCUCUCGAAGACUUAAAAAUGAUAAGAUCUUCAGGGCCGGAUUUUUCGAACUUGCUGAAGAAAUCAUGCUAGUCGAGUAUCCCAGAUUCCCAUCUGAUUAG